AUGGCUGAUCGGACGGGGUUUCUCGCUGAUGCUGCAUUACAGUCAACACAACCAAUUGUUGUUGCGAAACAUAAUAGCAAGACUUCAGAGCCCAAUGAUCCACAGCCACAAUUAGGUAAAGGAUUACCAUUUUGGGUCUUUCUUUCCUUCUCUGCCCACAUUGUCGUCCCUAUCGUGUUUGGAAUCUUGGGCUUGAUCGCUUUUCAUUUCUACGAAUCGACCAAGUUUUGUAAGGAGCCUGUUCUCCCUAAUCGAUUAUUUGCCAACCGAACCUUGUCAGCAGCAUUCUUUAUGGCUUUCGACGGUGCACUUCUGCUAUACUGGAUCAUCUGGGAUCUUCCAGUAUACUUUCAAGGCACUUUUGGGGCUAGCCCGUUGCAAUCUGGUGUUUAUCAAUUACCUCUCAAUUUGUUUCUCGUCCCAGCGGGAAUAGUAGCCGGGGGAUUCGUUUCGAAGAGCGGAAAAUAUAAGGCUACACAUUUAGUCGGCUUUGGCUUUACUACAAUUGGCAUUGGCCUUUUCACGCUGCUGCGUCCUAGCUCAGGCAAACAUGCAUGGGCAUUCUUUGAGAUCAUCACCGCAACAGGGCUUGGAAUGAUACUUACAACUAUUCUUCCUGCCAUACAAGCCUCGCUCCCAGCAGAUGAUGUAGUAAAAUCCACUGCCAUGUACGCCUUUACAUGCAGUCUUGGUGGCGUGUGGGGAGUGACCAUACCAUCAACAAUUUUCGAUGGCCAAGUCGAUAAAUUCCUGAAAGACGUGAGCGACCCGUCUAUUCGUGAAUCAUUAAGCAAUGGAAACGCAUAUCAACUAGCGGCAAAGGGUUACAUUCAGUCAUUGCCACGAGAGAUGCAUUCGGAAGUAUUAAGAGUUUAUGCCGGGGCAUUGCGGACGGUCUGGCAAGUUGGGAUUGGUUUAUCUCUGGCUAGAUUUCUGGCAGCCUUCGCUGUCAAACAGUAUAGCAUGAGUCAAAAAGAGCAAGGAAAGUUUGGCCUGAAGGAAGGCAAUAGAUCUGAGAAUGUCAUUUCCUACGCUGAUACGGAAGUUGGCACCAAUAUCCAAGUGGAAAAGGAGGAGAAAGACACUCCAGAAGAGAUUGGAAAUGGGGCAGAAGGAGUCAAUAAACUGUAG